AUGCCUGCAGAGCACCAGAGGGAGAAUGAGCCCCAGAAAAGACAUGCUGCUGCUCGUACUCUCGUGGUGCAUCUUUGCCUCACCGUCAGCGGUGCUACCUUGCAGGCAGUGCUAACGGAUUACGGCGUAGGCAGAAUCCACAUCCAGCAAUGUCAGGACUGGCAAAUACUUUGGGCAGGUGGAAAAGCACGCAGCGAUUCUGCGGGCCAGGGGAACAGGAAUAGCGCAGCGAGAAACUCGGAAUUAGUGGCGGUGGGUGCUACUGAACAUGCUACAAGUAUGUACAGCACAGGGACGAGGCAUGGGACAAGGAGGAUGAGGGUUCGGAAGGGGAUCCAGCGGUGCCUGUCUGCAGUAGCAGGCACCAACCAUAGCGUUACUUCGCGCCGUAUAUGCUCCGCGCCGCCGCAUGGAGUCUGCAUGUAUACGGGACGGUGGGAGAUGCCAACUGACGCAGCUCCACUGCGCAAUGCCGCUGCUCUGUAUUUUUAG